UAGACACUUCAGUGUAUUAUUUACCGGUUUCCAUACAUUUGCAAUGUCCCAUUGACAUCCCCGGUCUAUCCCUCAAAGACAAUUUGUCGACAUUAUUUCAGAAAACCGUGUGGACACAAACACUCUUCAAAACUCUUCAACAAUUAACAACGAUUCCUAAUUUGACCAAAUUCGACUAUUUGUCAAUUCGGAAUUUGGUGUCGAGUUUGAAAGCAUUGAAACCAAUUGAUGCUUCGGGCUCUAUUGCGAACCCGUUGUUUGCGCUCGGCACUGAAGUCUUAGCUAAAAUCUUGAAAUACCAAGCGUCGCAAGAGAUCAUUCAAAAUUUGGUCGACUUCUAUCGAGAGAUCCCACCUAUUCACGCCGCCGUGUUUUUGGAUUCAAUUCAAGGGAAAUACCCAUCAGAGAUGUACUAUUCAUUUCCGGGAAUCGCCUCGCUGGUGAACUUUGUAGUUACAGUUGAGAAGUUACCAAGUGAUUGCUACACACUAGCUACUUCAAUACGAUUCCCACAACUUAAUACUGAAACAACACCUUGUAUCUUUUCAGUCACUGCAAACAACUACUUUUACUCAUUAAAUAUCGACGGAAAGACUAAUACAGCUCUAUUGGAUGUGAACAUCGUCUCGUCGUCUUAUGGAAAUGGUAAGAAUGUGUCGACGUCACCCGCGACAAUAGCAACAAAGGAAACGUAUACAACACAUUUGACUUUACUUCCUGAGAAAUGGAAUGAAAUCUUCCUCAUCCAUUUUAAGACCAACAACUUGAUGAAGGUCGUCAUCAAUAGUGAGUCCUCUCAAGAGUUCGAUGUCCCAUUCAUCCCACAUAAAGUCAAGAAUUUGAGUUUUUCAAUAGGAGGAUUGAUGGGGAAAAGCUACUCCUAUUUCAAGGGAGACGUCGCCCAAUUUGCGUGGUACUACGGCCAAGUCUCUCCAUGUGGGAUACCCACCUUUCUUAUCUCUCCAAAAAAUUACUCGGCGGUGACGAGUCAUUCGUCCGUGAGAGAACUUCACACCAUCAAAAAUCGAGUUGCGUCCAAGGAAGUGAAAAUAGUCGAAAGUAUGAUCAUAUCCGGGGCGCCAAUCUAUGUAGUUGUGACACGGUCUAUAGCUGACAUCUUUGGGACGUAUGGAGGGAUAUCAUCCUUUCUUCCAUUACUCCGCUGUGGUAACAAUGCGAAGGUCACAACGAAUAUCGGCAAAAUCAUCCACCUCUUCUUACAUUGCAAGUACAUUGAUCCGGAAACAGCAACUACUUUGAUUAAAGAGACUGCAAGUAUCGCUCAGAGUUAUGUGGUCAACACUUCCAUUGUCGACGAUUAUAUCAAACUGUGUAUGUCAUUAAUAACACGUGGGUAUUGCACUGAGACUAUUCUUCCAUUACUCAUUGACAUUCGAUUGUGGAGGGGAGUGGAAUAUUUAUUCGAUUACUUUGUCCAGGAACUCAUUCAAAAGUGCGCCAAACUCGACGAAAAGUGUUUUGAAGGGGCGGUUGAGGAAAUGACUCUCUUGAACAUUUCCUUCGACAAAAUGUGUUCCGUCGACGAAAAGUGGAAGUACAGUUAUAUCACAUUCCUCGCUUCUAUGCUCCCAAACACAAUUUUACCCCUCCUCUUUUCAUUCUUACAAAACCCUAAUGUGUCGAAUGGACAACUUGAGAAUGGGGUCAUUCUAUUGAUUAACAUCAUACAGAAGUAUCACGAACUCUUCAUUCAAUUAAAUGGACAAAUUACAGUCUUUAUUUCACUGUCUCAGAAGUCCAAAAAUUUGGCAUUGUUAGUAGCAAAACUGGUGUCGUAUCUCCAACCAACGUCUGACCAAUUUUUACAGUUGACACAGAUUCUCGCGAUCUUCCCAUUUGACGAGAAAACAUAUUUUUCACUGCUUCAAUGCACGGCAGGUAAAGUGACUCCUUCGUUCUCGGAAUUCUCAGUCACACAAAUGCUCACUCUUCAAAAUCCACAAUUUCUCUUUAUAACAUUCACUCUUUUGGCUUCACAGCGGUCGUUUCCUGAACGUGUAGUCGACGAUUUAUUGCUCUUCCCUUCCGCUAUUCUCAACAAUUUGCCAAUCAGUUUUCUUACGGAAGUUGCUCGAACGGCGUUCCAAACAACUUCCAACGACAACCCAUCCUCCGAUAAAAUAUCUGAAGUUGUUAAAACCAAAGUGUCGCAGUUUUUGGUGAAUAUAGUGAUCUCUCGAGAACUCGAAAUCUUCUCGUUGUUUGUUUCCUUUUUCAUUACAUCGAGUUCUUCUGCGAAAAACUUGUUAUUUGCUUCCUUGCCGUUUUUGCGGCAAAUAGUGUUGAAUAUGCCCCAUGUGUCGAACGAAUUGUUCAUUCAAAUAUUGAGUUAUGUUGGGUUCCUCGAUUGUCAAGUCGAAGUCCCCAAAGACUAUUUGAAGGAGUUGUACUUCGCACUCCCACAGUCCUUCUUCUCCACAUACAGCAAAGUGUCAACACAAAAAGACUUUAAGACAACAUUUUAUUUGCAAGCGACUAUGAUAUUAAAAAAUCCACACUUGUUGAAAGAAGACAAUUUAAGACAACUUCUCAAUUUGGCACCAACACACAUCUCUGCUCUCUUCUGUCAAUUUGCAGUGCAUCAACUGAAGUGCACUGAAAAGCUUCAAAAAGUUGCUUUAGAGCUCUUUGGCGGGAUGUUAGCUCCUCAGAUGUUUCAAUCGAUUUUGGAAAGUGCGCACAACACGACGUUCGAUGAGUCACAAUACAAAUCGUUCAUGGAAACGUUUGUCUUGGAAUAUAAGGAAACACACAUCAUUAACAUGCCAAAAAUUUCGACGGUUUCUAUUCCAGAUGUUCCGUUGACACUACUUCCAUUCGACAGAGAUUAUAUAGGGUUCGCCAUCUUUGAUAAGAUCAAACAAAACUUCCUUAAAAAGAGGUGUAAAUGUGUCAUGAAACGGGCGAUGGACCAUUCUUUGUUCUUCCAAGCUAAGAGUGAAAAGUACUCCGGAUUUCGAGAGGAGUUCUUCAACCCUUUGAACCCAUUUUUCCCAAGUAAAAUGGUCGACGACCCCCCUAUCAAAGUGUUAUCGUAUGAAUCCCUGUAUCUUCCUGACAAUUUCCCAUUCACACAAAUCCCCUUUGAAGGAAAAGACGUGGUCGACUGUGUAUUAAAAAAACUCUCUCUUUGCGUGUGCUGCAAAAUGACUUUCGACUGUCAGGCGAAAGAAAUUCGCCUGUGGACCGUGUCUGCCGUCCACAUUCUUUCAUCUGACGAUAUCCGAGAGGUGUAUCCAAGACUCAGCAACGGCCUAAUGUGUGCAGUAGAGUUUGUUCGACGACGCGAGAAGUCGUACUUUGUGUCUUUUGAGAACGAAAAAGUCUGUUCGUCUGUGUUAACAAAAGUCCUCAACUUUUUCACAAAGACAAAGUCGUUUGGCGUCAUCAACCCACCUAAAAAAGUCCCUCAAAGCAUUGUAAAGAGUUGGGUGGAGGGCACUAUGACGACGUAUGAAUACAUCUCUGCUAUUAACAACUUUUCUGGAAGAUCAUUAAUCGUGCCCGACACGUAUUACACGUUCCCAAGUAUCGAAGACAACGAAGUCUUGUCGAUGAAAGAAGAGACGCUGAUGGAACACGCUGCUAAUACAUGCUGUCUGUUAUACACUCACAUGCCAUUCACUAAAAUCCUUCCGGUGUUCCAACUUCGAAUAGCACGACCACCAGCAACAGUGAAGGAUAUAAGGAUGUUAGCAGUCAAUUGCAUUCCACAGGUCUAUGUGAGUCAGAAGAUAUACUCGGGAAUGGGUGGAACUGAAGACGGAAUUUCAUAUGGGAACAAACCAGUGUUUGCAACAAUGUCAAAACCAGUUACUAUGAAGCAAGCGAGUAGUCCGAAGUUGGGGUCGAGUGCGUUAGAAGUUGUGUAUAAAAAGCGAAUGGAACUUGAAGAUGUGUUUAUACAAGAACAGAUAGGCAAUUGGAUUCAACUCAAUUUUGGGAAGAAAGGUGUGUGUAGUAUUCAGGGGUUGGUCACCAAAAGGAAGAGAUGUAUUGACUUUAAAGUGGACAAGAGAAAUUUGGACCAAGUCUCUUUAUUUAAAGAUGAGUCGAACACACAAAUAUAUUCCAUCAAUGUGCAACGGAACUUGAUGUACCAAACUGAAAUGAAUGAAGUGAUUUGGAUGCAAGACAAAGAAAAUAAAAUGAAAUGCGUACCAAGCCCAGACACGGUGAGGAAAGUGUGUUUAGACAAGUACAAAAAUAAAGUAGUAGUGUCGUAUCAAAUGAAUGCAGAUUAUGUUUCGAUGUCAUGGAAGGAAUAUAAGAAAAGCGUGAGAAUUGAAAACACAAUUUCUUUGUGUUACUUAAUGGAAACGAAUUACCUGACGGAUUUGGAAAUGUUUGUUGUCACUAAAGCAGGCAGUGUUAUGGUGUAUAGAAUACUUCUUGAUGACAAAAACAACGAACUCAAAUGUACCCAAGUCUUCACGGUCUUUGUUGGACAAAGUAUUAAGUCUUUCGAUGUUUCAACUUACUAUGGAUUCUUUGUUUGUAACACUUCUUCAACACUGGUCGGGUAUUCUGUUCAUGACGGUUCGGCUCUAUUUCGAGUGCCUUCGACUUGUAAAAUAUUCUGCUGUUCUCCUCUUGGAAACACAUUUGGCAUCACUGGAGACGUUCUCACGUGUUACGACAGAUACGGCGAGAUGUAUGACAUCUAUGAAUUAAGUGACAUGAAAAACAAAGAGUACGUCUCGUUGGCUUGUUUGGCGUGUGGCUUUAGGGAAGUCGUUUUUAUCGCAACAACAACUGAAGUUUUGGUUGUGUUGAACCAAGUCAAUUCGUUUAAUAUUAUUGGCCGAAUCAAUGUGGAACAAAAAUACCCGGACUUCAAAAUUCAAGCUCUCAAAACAACACCCUCCAUCGAAACAACUUCAAACCCAACGAACUGGAACGUAUACGUCAUUCUCAUUCAUAAAAAGCUUUUGUACUCCACUUUCAUUGGACUCCACGUCGAUUGUUUCAAGACAAUGAUUUUGAAGUGA